UCUUCCUUGCAGUGCCCUAUCAUAGUGUAAUGUGCAUGAUGGGACAGAACGAGCAGGAGAGCAGCGCAAAAGGAAAACAUCCGAGAAAGAGGAGGUUGUAAUAACGCUAAUUAACCAUCCAAUCUCUGUAAUCGUAAUAUUUGCAUCAUGGAUGUAUCAUUCCUCUAUUUUCGCUAAAUAUCGUAUCUUGCACCAUUCAACAACUCGGACAUUUUGUUCCUCAUUUUGUUCCUAUAGCAGAACACUGGUGCCCAUCAAGAGCCUAGGAGAGACAGAGAGCCAUUGUAUCGCGCGCAGGAACUGAGCUAAAGCCGACAUCAUGGCGUGGCCCUGCAUCACCAGGGCGUGCUGUAUGGCCCGCUUCUGGAACCAGCUGGACAAGGGGGACAUUUCGGUGCCAUUGGUUUUCACCAGGUAUGAUGUAUCGGAGAUGCAGCAUCUUCAGCUGCAGCACCAACAAAAACAGCCGCAUCACCAGGCACUGGCGAGCGCGGUCACCAUAGAAACUCAACCCGCUCACGGGGACAAGGCGGUAGCGGCUUGUGGGAACCCUGCAACGGGCACCGCUCUGUCUGAGGAGCGCGCGUGUGGUUCUGUAAUGCGCCAAGACUUUAAGCACUGGAAAGUGCGCCCUGAGCCAAGCUGUAAACCUAAGAAUGAAUAUCACACUCCCGAGACCCCUUUUAACAACAAGACACAAUAUCAGAAGGAUUUCAAGCCAUGGCCCAUUCCGAAAAGGGACGACCAUCCUUGGAUUGACAGGCCCAAUCCCUCCAUCGGCGAUGACUGUGUCCAGGAUAGGUCCAAACACUACCAUGCACACGCGGAGGUUGACAGUGGGGUGGAGAAAAGCGAAAUUGCUGACAAAGUGCAAGAGAAAGAAAUGAUGGGAGGGAGUAAAAAUAAGCAAAAUGUAGAGAAGGAUGGUGAAAAGAAAGUUAGCGUCAAAGUGGAGCGAGAAGACGCGGCAGGGGCCAGAGGCAGGGCGGCGCUAGAUGCGCUAAACAGGCAGUUAAAACAGGAAGUUACAAUUGGCAGCUCAUACAAGACUGAGUUCAAGGCCCACAGGGAUGUGAAGCCAGUGAAGCUGAUCCGAGCCAAGUCCCAGUUCCUUCCCCAUGAUGAGAAGACCAGCCUGGAGACCAGCUAUAGCGCCACCUACAGGGGAGAGCAGGCCAAGCAGCAGCCCAACGACAACAAGGUUGUGGACAGGAGGAGGAUACGCAGCCUGUACAAUGAGCCCUACAAAGGGCUACAAGAGACCAAGGUUGAGAGGUCUAACAGUGCUCCCCGAUCCAAACCCAAAAAGGCGGGCACCAGGUUAGCGAGCCAGGGGGGCAAAUCUGUGAAGAAGGCUGAAGAGCAGAAGCAGCAGGGCAGCACAGCACUGCAGGGCACAAAGAAGAAGACCUCGGAGAACCAGCCCACUGAUUCCAGGCCUGCGGAGGGGGACAAGGAGAAAAGUAAAGAGAUGAACAACAAACUGGCUGAGGCAAAAGAAGAGCCUAAUGGUGAGGUUCUCCGACCCAGUGAUCAUCAUUCCCAGGGUGCCGUUGGAGGAGAACCAGAACCACUGCUGGAAAGACCCGAACCACGGAGGAGCGGCGGAGUCGUGCGCUUUUCCCCGGAUGUAAAGUAGAAGUAGAUCCACUUGAUCUGCACUGUAGGGACAUAUUGUACUGUAGGCCUAUUGAAUACAGAGAUGGACUAAUGUCCUGAUCUGUUCUGUACUGUAAAUAUCUAGUAUUUUCAACUGAGUUCUAUUAAAAAAGAGAAAUACCCCAUUAAGAACUCCUCUGAGUGAAGUUAAACCCAUAUAGGAUGCACGUAGCGUGUUUGAAACAGCUUAAUGGCAGUGCGGUCAUAGCUGUUUGAGCAAUUGCAAAUGCAAAAGGUGCUAUAAAUAGAAUUUCCGUUACAUGCUCUUGUUUGAAAAUAAUGUGUUUUAUUGGUAAUGAUGUUAGAAAUGCCAAAUCAUAAAGUGCUUAUUGAAAAAAUUAAACGGUACUGUACUGUAUAUUGAUACAUUCAAAUGCAAAUAAAUAUAGAUAACUAAUGGAUUUAC